AUGGGUCUCGCUGCUCCUAAGAACAAAAUAAAACUCUCCCACGAUCCAAAUAAUACAAGAUGGUCUGGAAAUACCGACAGUUUCGGUCAUCGCAUGAUGAAAUCACAGGGCUGGACACCUGGUGAAUAUCUUGGAGCAAAAGAUGCCGCGCAUGCAGAAUUUCAUACCGAAGCUAAUGCGUCGCACAUUCGUGUGGUGAUUAAAGAUAAUACAUUAGGAUUGGGUGCGAAAAUAGGGAGUGGAGUAGGACAUGGGGAGUGCACAGGUUUAGACGUUUUCCAAAACUUAUUAGGGAGGCUGAAUGGAAAAGAAGAAGCGGAAAUCGAAAAGGAACAGAAAGGAAGGGAAGACUUAAAGAGGGCAAUUUACGCGGAGAGGAAAUGGGGGAGUAUUAGAUUUGUCAAGGGAGGGGUUUUGAUUGGUGAUAAGAUUCAGGAUUUAAUUGAUGGAGAGAAGGAGAGACUUAAGGCUUUGGAGAUUAAAGAGAAGGCAGCAGAGAAUAGUAGUGAGGAAAGCGAUUCUAGCUCAGAUGAGGAGGAAGAAGAGAAAUCACCAGAACCUGUGACCGAGAAGAAGAAGCCGUCGAAACGAAAGAGAGAGGAACAGGAAGACGAAGAGAAGACAUCCAGCAAGAAGAGCAAGAAGGAGAAGAAGGAGAAAAGGGAAAAGAAGAGCAAGAAGAGGAAGAGUGAAGAUGAGGAUGAUAAAGACAAGUCCGAAAUCAAGAAAUCGAAAAAAUCCAAGAAAGAUCGCAAGUCGAAAUCGAAAUCUACCUCCGAAUCAGAAGAUGAAACUUUAGACGAAUCCGCACUGAAGGCACGCAAGAAGGAAAAGAAAGAGAAGAAGCGAAGAGAGAAAGAGGCGGCAGGCGUAGACACCGAAGAAACAACCUCUACCUCCAAAUCCUCCAAAAAAUCCAAGAAAGAUAAACACAAAUCAUCCUCCACAUCCGAAGCCUCCACCAAGGAGAGCACACCAAUAGUCUCAGAAAGUAGUGCAAGAUCAGCACCUAUGGGUAUACGCUCUAUACGAGCUCGACAUAUUGCGCAGAAGAGGAUGGCUAGUAUGGAUGUUGCAAGUUUAAACCAGAUUUUCAUGAUUAAAUCGUAG